AUGAUGAAUACUUCAUCCAAUGGUACACCAACUGAAUUUAAUAUCCUUCUCUGUGGUUCUCCACGAGUCGGAAAUGGCUCACUUAUCAAUGCUUUGUGUCAGACAGAAGUAGCAAAAACGAGCGAGAGUCUUGAUACAUGUACAAAAGGCGUACAGUGUUAUACACUGAAUGGACAUUAUGAUUCACCACCUAUUGAAUUUCAAGUCAAUCUUUGGGACACACCUGGCAUUGAAUCAUGGCGUACCGGUUAUAUAAAAAAGACUUUCUGCAACUUUGUAACGCAGACUAAUCCAAUAUGUCUUAUCUAUUGUGCGUCGCCUGGCUCAUUUGCGAAAUUAGAGGAAAUAGCAGCUUUACUUGCAUAUUGUAAAGCACAAAAGAUAUUUUGUGCUUUGGUAUUGACACACAUGUAUUUUAAUAAUAAGCGAGAUGCAACGAUGAAAAUUUUCAAAGAUUUAUUAAGUCCAUUCGGUGUAAUGAAAGAGGAAUAUUAUGGUCCUCACAAGCAUAGGGUUAUGUUUUUUGGUGAUUUCGGCUUAUGUACAAUGGUUAACAGUAAACAAUAUCUUGACGAAUGCCUCGGCGUCAGUGAACCACCAGAAGGUAUUAACGAACUAAUUUAUGCCAUCGCUAUCAGUUUGAAGGAGGAACAAUUGUUGGGUUGGUUUUAUACUAUUUCGAAAAAUAGAGCAUUUUGGAUGACGAUAGGACCAAAACUGACACAAUUUAUUCAAGAUUCAUUUGACAGAAUGACAGCAAAAGUCGGAGAUACUUAUGAUAUUAUCAAUAAAUUACUCCAAAGUCUAGGAUUCGUUCUGUCAUCUGGCGAAAAUGCGAUAACACAUUCGAUGAAUGAUGUUGCAACCAAUAGUUUAACCAAGACAGACAGUGUGCAGCCAAACAUGAAUGCAAAUGAGGCAGCAACGUGA